GCCAUUGUUUAAACUGUUUUAUUAAAAUUAAUUAUAGUACAUAUUUGUGAAGCUGCUGCUCCCUAGAGUAACAUGACAAAGCAGGUCAGCAGCUCACCUUUCCUGAAGCCCUUCUUUCUGAAGACACCAGUCAGAGUGGUCAACCCUCUGCGGCAAAGACGACACACACUCCCUGCCAGCGAAUUCAGAAAUCUCACCCGACAGGAUGCAAUCAGUGUGUUCGAAAUUGAAAGAGAAGCAUUUGUGUCCGUCUCUGGCGAGUGUCCACUUACGCUGGAUGAAGUGCUUAAUUUUCUGGGUCAGUGCCCUGAGCUGUCUCUGGGCUGGUUUGAGGAGGGACAGUUGGUGGCCUUCAUCAUUGGCUCCGGUUGGCACAAGGAAAGGCUUUCACAGGAGGCCAUGACCCGGCACGUUCCAGAUACCCCCACUGUGCACAUUCAUGUGCUGUCCGUGCACCGCCACUGUCGACAGCAGGGCAAAGGCUCCAUCCUAUUGUGGCGCUACCUGCAGUACCUGCGCUGCAUGCCGGGUCUCCGCCGAGCUUUGCUCAUCUGCGAGGACUUCCUGGUGCCCUUCUACCUAAAGGCCGGCUUCAAGGAGAAAGGGCCAUCUGGGAUCUCCGUGUCCAACAUGCAAUUUCAGGAGAUGGAGUACAUGCUGAACGGGCAGGCGUAUGCACGGCGGAACAGCGGCUGCUAGUCAGCUGCAUGUACUGGACAAUGUAGCAGAUCUGUGCACUACUGGACUGGGCUCAACAUCCAACCCAUGAGAAAGGAGCAAAGGUUUGCAUGGAUAGAGUGGACUGAGAGUGGAUUCAGGCAACACAAUGUUGCUUUUUACUGAUGAUGUGGCUCAGACAUAAAAUUAUAUUGCUUGUUGUCAGUAGUACAUCAGCUUUCAUCUUGUGCUUGCUUUUCUAAGAAUUAUACUGUAGUUUGUGCUGAGUGAGGAGGCAUUUGUUACAAAAUAAUCCCCAAAAACCGAUUAAAGUACAACACAAUGUUUAGUUGUUUCAUCGUUUUGAUUUUAAUAAACUACACAUCAAUACCCAGUAGGCGUUAAGAAAAAGUAGCACACAUCUUUAUUAAGUGUUUUUUUUUUUUUUUUACCGUUUCAGUUACAUGUGGGUAGAUGGGCGGCUAAAACGCCACCUUGUUCAAAAAAAUAAUCACUUCUCGAGAAGCAA